ACACUGACCACCAGAAGCAGAAGGCAGAGCCACAAAGAGAACAGGAGGAUGGAAGAAAAGGGAAGAGAGAAGGCAGUAGCAGCCAUGGCAGCCUGCUACCAGAGGUUUGACCCUGCAGCGUACUUGCAGUACAACUACACUCCGCCCAGGGCUGAUUUUGCAAGAAAAGACAGCAUUGUGCCGUGGAAGCUGGCAUGCCUGCACAGAGCUUUCACUGAAGAUGAUGUGAGCGGGGAGCUCCUGGUGGAUAUCGGUUCGGGUCCCACCUUGUACCAGGUGCUGAGUGGCUGUGAGGUUUUCAACAAGGUGAUCCUGACAGACUUUCUGGAGGUGAACCGGCAGGAGCUGAGACGCUGGCUCCAGGACGAAGCAGGCUGCAGUCUGGACUGGACACCUUAUCUACAGCAUGUGUGCAAGCUGGAGGGACGACGGCUCUCAGCGUGGACGGAGAAAGCUGCGAAGCUACGUCAGGUCAUCGCAGACAUCCUCCCCAUCGACGUGCACUGCUCCCAGCCCCUGGCCCCUGAUGCCCUCCCAUCAGCGGGGGCCGACUGCCUGGUGUCCUGCUUCUGCCUGGAGAGCGUCAGCCCCGACCUGGCUGCCUUCACCAGGGCGCUGGGCCACAUCUGGAAGCUGCUGCGGCCUGGUGGCCACCUCCUGCUCAUUGGAGCCCUGGGAGAGAGCUACUAUUUUGGGGGGCCCGGGGUGAGGAUCCCUGUGGUCCCGCUGAACGAGGCUCAGGUCUGUGCUAGUCUGAAGGAGAGCAGCUACACCCUCAUCCGGCUGGAAGUCUACACCCUGCCUCAGGAUAUGAGGGUGGGGGUGGACGACGUGACUGGAGUGUUUUUUGCAAAGGCAAGGAAGGAUUAACAUGUAAAGUGCAAAGAGGGCAGAUAGAAAGAAUUCAAGGAGAACUACCAGGACAGAUUAUAGAUUGAGCUGAGGCAAACGCAACGCUUAGCAGUUACAAAUAAUACAUUCACUUUUGCUGCUAGUAAUAAGGCCCACACACACUUAGUUUUGGGUGAGAAGCUGCUUCAGAUGUGUUCCUAUGAAGACAAUCAGCAGCUUAUUGUCCAGGAAGAAACCUGCCAAUUAGGUAUCUCCGUUUACUUCCUUUAACUUAGUUGAACUUUAACAGUUAGUAUUUAAAGGUGCAUCAAUACUCCCUGUUGUUGCCAAAGCACUCAUUAGUGUUGGAAAUGUAAUUGCACAGCGCCUCCUGCAGUUCAAACCGAGCUACUGCAGCACCGAGAACGUAGACGUUAGUUGGACUGUCUGUGUGCACAUCCUACAGUUAUCCAGCUCUGCAUGUGUUCAUUUCAAUCAGCUGUUAAAUAUCUAACUAUUCAGGUUCAUCUUGUGGUUUUCUGAAUUCUGUUGAGAUAGAUAAAUAAAGUUUAUCAUCAUUAUUAUUAUUAUAUAGCAGCAGAGGGGGGAGUUGAUCUGACACAGAAAUGAAAAAAGAAAUCAUCCCUCACCCUGUCUCACUACAUUUGCAUGGGUUCAUCUUAUUAUUGGUGUGUUAUGUCAACCUUUUUAAUCAGUUUAGACAUAGGUCUCAGAAAUGAAUCAUGUAAUUAAAGCACUGAACACUGGGUGUCACCAUUGGCCAUUCUGAGUCUUUAUUGACACUCACUGUUUUCUAAAAAGUGAUUUAAUGUCGUUUAUUACUGCAGACCAGUUGCACGUAUAGAAGGAAUCACAAUAGAUGAAGAGAAAUUAAUAUAGAAAUGAAGAAAGAUACACUAAAGAAAUAUAAACGAAACACAGAGAACCACAACACGUCAUUCUGUGCCUGACUGAGAAAAUCCUGUGCCAGUCGUGUGAAAUCGGUUUUAUCUGCUUUUUGAUCGUCUUCUAACUUCUUCUGGAACAUUGCAAAUGUGGAAAAGAACACAAAUAGUCAGCAAGAUAAUAAAAGUGCCUCCAGUUGUUCAGAAUCCUGCUUUAAUAAAAUCUGCAGCUGUAUUGAAAAACUC